AUGAAUGACCAUAGUGGUUACUUUGAUCCCAACACCAUAGAAGAAGUACUAGCUGAGGAUAGUUUUUCACACACCCAUCUGCCAAACUGCAAUCCAAAGUUCUCCAUUGAAGAACUCUCCUACCACCAAAAUUUUUCCCAAGAAGAUGCCCCUGCCUGCAACGGAGUUGCCCCUGCAGCCGUGGAGAUAGAGCUGCAACAACUGAGUAUGGAGAGGGAACACUAUUACGACCCCAACAGCAAUCAUAGUGACACCUAUUUGAUGCAAGAAGCAGUUCAUGACCCCAACCAUGCGUUAUCAGGUGAUCAGUCAAAUUGGGAGACCAAUGUCCAUGACAUGCAGUCCACGAGUUUCUGUCACUACGCUCACCAGCAAGAUCAAAACUUGCAACAAGAAAAAAUUCAAAAUGGUCACUUCCAAGGCUUAAACUCUUCUUCAUUUCCAUCGUUGCCGCACAGUUACAACUUAAGACCCGGAAUUGAAUCUUUGCUUAAUAGGGUGGAUGAGAGAGAGGCAAGUGGAGGUGUGUAUCAAGGUGAGAAUGGGAGGCAUGUUGACAGUGGAGUUUUAAAUUUCUCUGGAGACAUGAAAGGGAAGGGUGGCAAGGAUAUGAAACACUUCACUACUGAGAGGCAAAGGAGAGAAAACUUGAAUGACAAGUACAAGGCCUUGAGAAAUUUGCUUCCCAACCCCACCAAGCAUACCAAGAAUGAAAGAGCAUCAAUAGUGGGAGAUGCUAUAGAAUAUAUCAAAGAGCUUCUUAGAACAGCUAAUGAACUUAAGAUUCUGGUGGACAAGCGACGUGCAGCAGAGAGGAUCAAGAGGCACAAAACAAAAGAUGAUGUAGGGGAUGGAAAGAGUAUUAGCAUGACACCUCUUGGUGAUCAAGACCAGGCCUACAAUGGAUCAUCAUUAAGGAGUUCAUGGCUUCAGAGGAAGUCCAAGAAUACCGAGGUUGAUGUCCGUAUCAUUGAUGAUGAAGUGAACAUCACACUCGUUCCGCAGAAGAGGAUCAAUUGCUUGCUGUUUGUGUCAAAGGUCCUCGAUGAACUUCAGCUGGAUCUCCACCAUCUUGCUGUUUGUUUAAGGGACAGUUGUUACAAAAAUAUUUUAUUAGCUAUAGAUCUAAUUGCAACAGAAACACAAUGGAAUCAAUCAAUGAAAUGGUCUUUGAAAUGA